AUGAUUUUACGGACGGAGGUAGGCAGUGGUGUGCUACUCCGCUACUUAGCGGAAUGGCUAUUCCAACUCACUGGUGGCGAAAUAGCGCGCCAUUGCCCACGGAUUUUGCUGUUUGAUAGGGCACUUUAUCCGGGUAACUAUUCGGGUAACUGCUCGGGUAAUUAUUAUUGUCGUAUGCCUAGAGUCUCCAUUAAAUGUCCAGCAACACCUUGCGCACCGUUACCCGUGGGUAUGUGUUCGGCAGCAAUUCCCAUACCGACGGGCAAAUCGAACGUGAGUUCGGGAAUCAGUUCGGGAACUACUCUGUCUUCGUCGGGUAAAUUCCAACAUCAAAUGCAACAGCGCAAAACCUCAUCGCCUAGCGGCGUGAGUGCGUGCACCUCGUUUUCACCGAAACAACAACGUGCU